AUGGGUAAAAUCGGAGACAAAUCCAGCUCGCCGCAGCCUGUGUGGUCGAGCACCAAGAGUGAGAGCGUAACGGCGUCAGAGUUAUAUGACUCGCGGCCACACGCACAGCACGAGGAACAUGAGGGCGCUUGGUGCCGGUUCCGCGACAGCUUCAAGCGGGCGCAGAAGCGCUCGGUGCCGCAGGGCGGAGACCUCGAAACCGCCAGCGUGCAAACAGACCUCACCGACGGCAGGCUUCGGAGAAGCAUAAGGCCCCGGCACGUGGCCAUGAUGUCUGUGUGCACAGGCAUCGGGACCGGGCUGCUGGUCGCCAACGGUAAGUCGCUGCGCUACGGUGGCCCAGGUGGCUUGAUCAUCGGCUACGCAGCUGUCUCAGUCGUCGCGUAUAUCAUGAUGCAAGCGGCCGGCGAAAUGGCGGUUGCGUAUCCUUCAAUGCCCGGCAACUUCAACGCGUACUCGUCUGUGUUCAUAUCCAAGCCAUUUGGCUUCGCCUCUGUGUGGCUCUACUGCCUGCAGUGGCUGACGGUGUUUCCGCUCGAACUGAUCACCGCCUCUCUCACGAUCAAGUACUGGACUGACUCUGUCAACGCAGACGUCUUCAUCGCGAUCUUCUACGUCUUCAUCUUGUUUAUCCACUUUUUUGGGUCGCGGGGCUACGGUGAGUCCGAGUUUAUUUUUGGGCUUUGUAAGGUGCUUAUGAUCGCGGGUUUUGUCAUCUUGGCAAUCGUGAUCAACUGUGGCGGAGCUGGCAACAGCGGCUAUAUUGGUGCCCGCUACUGGCACGACCCUGGCGCCUUCGCUGUCGGUGACCCUGCUUCCAAAUUCAAAGGUUUCUGCUACGUGCUUGUCACGGGUUACUUUUCCUACGGUGGCACUGAGCUUUACGCCAUGACCGUUAAUGAGCAAUCUAGUCCACGCCGCGCCAUUCACUCCGCCACCAAGCAAUGCAUCUACCGGAUUCUUGUCAUUUACAUGCUCACCAUGGUCCUGAUCGGAUUUCUUGUACCCCACACCAGUGAUGAGCUUAUGGGUUCGGGCGGCAAAUCUGCGACACACGCGUCACCAUAUGUGCUUGCUGUUUCGCUGCAUGGCGUUAAAGUCGUCCCUCACAUUGUUAACGCAGUUAUCCUCAUCGCGGUUGUAUCUGUGGGCAAUAGUGCCAUGUACUCAGGCCCCCGUGUGCUCAAUGCGCUGGCCGAACAGGGUUAUGCACCCAAGUUUUUGGCUUACAUCGAUCGCGCUGGUAGACCGCUGAUGGCGCUCAUCGCUUGCUCUGUAAUUGGUCUGCUAGCGUUCGUUGCUGCAUCGGACCAUGAGGAAGAUGUUUUUACGUGGCUAGCCGCUAUUGCAGGUCUCAGCGAACUAUUCACUUGGUCGGCCAUCCUUCUUUCGCACAUCCGCUUCAGGCAAGCCAUGAAAUACCAUGGAUACUCCCUCAGCCAAUUAGGAUACAAGUCCAUCACGGGCUUGUGGGGUUCCAUAUACGGCGUCUGUUUCAACAUUCUAGUGUUCGUCGCUCAAUUCUGGGUGGCGCUUGCUCCAAUUGGUAACAAUGGUAAGACAGAUGUUCUGUCGUUUUUCCAGAGUUACCUUGCGUUUCCCUUGUGGUUCGUUUUUUUCCUGGGCUACAUGGUGUACAGUGGGGAGUGGAUGAUAUUAAGACCGCUGAAAGACAUCGAUAUCAACCAUUUCCGCUGCGUUUAUGACGAAGAACGUAUUGAGCAAGAAAAACUUGAGCACAAAACAAUGCUUCAAAAUUCCAACUGGCUAGGGAGACUUAAGCACUUCUGGUGCUAG